UCUCCGAUGAAUCGUUCCCGAUUUGCUCCAAGCCCUAACCCUUGAUCUUCAUCCGCAAUCCAUUCUUGAAUUCUCAGUGGAAACCCUAGCUCCGAUCCCGAAGUCAUGGGGCAAGGAACACCCGGAGGAAUGGGGCGGCAAGGGCUGCCAGGCGAACGAAAGCAGGAUGGAGACAAGAAGGAGAAGAAGUUCGAGCCGGCGGCCCCGCCGAGCCGCGUUGGACGGCGGCAGCGUAAGCAGAAGGGCCCUGAGGCGGCUGCGCGGCUCCCGACGGUGACGCCGCUGACUAAAUGCAAGCUUCGGUUGCUGAAGCUUGAGAGGAUCAAGGACUAUCUUAUCAUGGAGGAGGAGUUCGUGGCCAGCCAGGAGCGGCUCAAGCCCCAUGAGGACAAGAACGAGGAGGAUCGAUCUAAGGUCGAUGAUCUCCGGGGAUCGCCUAUGAGUGUUGGAAACCUUGAGGAGCUUAUUGACGAGAAUCAUGCGAUUGUCUCUAGUUCUGUUGGGCCUGAGUACUACGUCAGUAUUCUUUCGUUUGUUGAUAAAGACCAGCUUGAGCCCGGAUGCGCGAUAUUGAUGCACAACAAGGUCCUUUCUGUUGUUGGCCUUUUGCAAGAUGAAGUAGAUCCCAUGGUCUCUGUAAUGAAGGUCGAAAAAGCUCCUUUAGAGUCUUAUGCUGACAUUGGUGGGUUGGAUGCCCAGAUUCAAGAAAUCAAAGAAGCAGUUGAACUUCCUUUAACUCAUCCUGAGUUGUAUGAAGAUAUCGGUAUUAAGCCUCCUAAGGGAGUGAUCCUUUAUGGGGAGCCUGGUACUGGGAAAACUUUGCUUGCAAAGGCGGUAGCCAACUCAACAUCAGCUACUUUCUUGCGAGUUGUUGGAAGUGAAUUGAUCCAAAAGUAUCUGGGUGAUGGGCCCAAACUUGUUAGGGAACUCUUUAGAGUUGCUGAUGAUCUGUCACCAUCGAUAGUCUUCAUUGAUGAAAUUGAUGCUGUAGGUACAAAAAGGUAUGAUGCUCAUUCAGGAGGUGAGCGUGAAAUACAGAGAACAAUGCUUGAAUUAUUGAACCAGUUAGAUGGUUUUGACUCAAGAGGAGAUGUCAAGGUCAUUCUUGCAACAAACAAAAUUGAAAGCCUUGACCCUGCAUUGCUUCGACCAGGCCGAAUUGAUAGGAAGAUUGAAUUUCCUCUUCCGGAUAUAAAGACAAGAAGGCGUAUUUUCCAGAUACAUACUUCAAGAAUGACAUUGGCUGAAGAUGUCAACUUGGAAGAAUUUGUUAUGACUAAGGAUGAAUUUUCUGGUGCUGACAUUAAAGCGAUCUGCACUGAAGCUGGCUUGCUUGCUUUGAGAGAGCGAAGGAUGAAAGUAACGCAUGCUGAUUUCAAGAAGGCAAAGGAGAAGGUCAUGUUUAAGAAGAAGGAAGGUGUACCCGAAGGACUAUACAUGUGAAAAGAUAAACAUCCUCUCAUGCCUUGCAUUUGCUGAACUAUAUUUUCAUUCUAUGGAUUUCAAUGUUUUGACCAAUGAAAUUUCAUGAGAACGGUACAGCAUCUGAUGAUGCACCCUGCAUCUUUACUAAACAAAUUAGAACUUCAAACACUACUUUUUCUCAUCUUA